GGAGUGCAUAUAAUCAACAUAUUAUCGAAGGUGCUUAGAUAUUGAUCCUGUAUUUCGAGGUAGUUCAAAUUCGGCUCUCUUGGACCUUCGUGUUUGACCUUAAAUUUCCCGUGCUUGGUGGAGAGUAAAUCACUCGUAAAAAUGCCGAAGAGAAAGUCGCCAGAGGGUCCUGAGGGUAAGGAGGCCUCCAAAGUCACAAAACAACUGCCCACCAGAAGGUCGGAGAGAUUGUCAGCGAGGCCUGCUCCACCCAAGCCUGAGGCCAAGCCCAAGAAGGCCAUCGUCAAGAAGGUGGCAGAUGACAAGGGGGUGAAGGCAAAGAAAGGUGGCGCUAAAGGGAAGAAGGAAGAUGGCCCUGCCCAAAAUGGAGAGACCAAGACUAAUGAGAUCUACGUGUCUCGUCCGUCUGUCAGUGUGUCAUCCAGCAGAAGCACGGCUCCCUCCUUGAUGUCAGUGAGAGGGCAGAGUGAGACAGUGAGAGUUAAGGGUAACUGAACCAGCGGAGGAGGCGACUGAGGAGAAGGCGUAAGGACACGGGCGCGUCCUCUGACUCGCCCCCUAUGUCUCCAUGGCAGCAAAGCAUCUUUUUUUACUGACGAUUUUUGUACCAUGCUGAAUUUUUUUUAGACUUGUGAUAGUAGAGAUGGACAACCAGCAGCCCCAUCCCCACCUGUUCACACUCCUCUCUCACAAAACACUACCUACACUAUGUUUUUGCUCCAUUCUCCUCCCUCCUCUAUUGGAUACACACCUGAAUAAAUUGUUUUAAUAAUCAGGUGGCUGCAGAUGUUCUUCAUCGUGCCUGUAGGGCGCCAUAAACUUGACUGUUAUGAUCUUUAAACCAGCUUUGCCCACAUGUGUAGCCUUUACAAAUGGCUGCUGUUAUUAUUGGCGGGCAGACCGGCUCUCUCCUGAUACUAAAGGUGACGAUUUGUGGAUUUGUAUCAUCAGUUUGGAUGCAGAGCUACAAUAAAUCAGUCAUAUCACCAUGGUGAACAUCUGCAGCUUUUUAAAGACAUCUUAGAUUUUAGACUCUCCACCUGUGUUUCCCUUAGCUCAUUUUGUAUGUGUGUGCUAGAGUGAAUGUGUUUGUGGGUCUCUGUGUUCCACUUUGUUCCCUCAUGUUCCUUUUAUUCCCCCUCCCCACCCGACCACCUUGUCCUGCAGCAGAGUGACAUAGCAAUAAUGAGUGGUGCUUCUGUUCUAGAUGGCUCUCUUGGCUUUGGACCCUCUGGGCUUCUCUGAGUUUCAUCCUGUUGGGAGAAUAUUUUGAAAUAAAAGAAAAAGUUGAUGUCA